AACUUGUAAGGCAAUUUGUGUAUUGUUCAUGGCAAGGUGCGUGCCUCUGUCAUCACUCCCAAGGCCUUAACGCACUCAACUACUGUUCUUGCUUUCUAAUUCCUAUCGAGUCUGUAACCUAAAUCCUCCCGUCAUUCCUCACUUCACUUCUCUCAUCUUCUUCGCCUUUUGGUCUCCUUCUAUAGUUCUUUUCCUUUCCUUGAACCAAUACUUCACCUAAAACCGGUCUACAAAUAAACCCAACUCAAAUUCUGGGUACGGGAUGGAAACGACACAUUAAAUUCACGAUCGAGUGACCGCCACUGAUAGAAGAGACUUAUCCACAGAACCAAUUAUGCUGAAUGAUCAGGCUGUUGUUAACACUGGUCCUCCUAGGGAUAAUGCAACUCAAUCAGCAUAUUUGAGCUCCAUCGGGGAUCUUAAUGUUAACUUUUCUUCUAAUGCAUAUCCAGUUCAAUCUCAACCAAUUUACCAUGGAGGUUAUAAUAAUUCAACUGUCCAAUGGGGUGCAUUCCUUCCUCAUGGCAAUACUGAAGGCCUGGAGAACAGUUCUCAUGGCAUUUACAAUGAAACUUCGUCUCUUCGAUUUCAUGGUUACGCGAGCAACCCUCAAAUGGUUCAGAGACCAUAUGCUCCUGUUGCAUCACAACAGCCUUUUGUACCUGAUUGUGGCCAGUUUUACAAUACACAUCAUUAUCCCGUCUCAGAUUUGCCUCAUCAGCAGCAACUAGUCCCUCCAAACCAUCAAUAUAUUUGGCCACCAACUCCUAUUUCUCAGUCAGAGCUGUCUGCAAACAUCGAUAUACAAGGGGUCAGUGAGAUAUUUGUGCCAAGACAAGGGUACCCACCUGAGUUGGGAUCUUCUGCUGGAGGAAACGACCUCCCUGUAAACUAUGGAAGUUUAAAACUAUUGCAACAAGGGUUUGAUGAGUUUAGAGUUGGUGGAUUGUGGUCAGAUCAAUCGAAGAUCGUGAAUAGGAAGAGUUUGUUGCCACAGUUGUCAGCAUCAGCACCUUCUCCAAAACCAGUUGGUUCACUAGGGUUCCCUAAAAAUAAUUUUGACAUGGCUUCUCAACAAAAAGAAUCAUUGUACGGUUUUGGAUCUCAUUCAAGCUCUAGCUAUAAUGGCAACCAUCAUAAUCAAUCUGGUAAGGGCUCCAGCUAUGGAAUUGUGUCCACUCACAGCUUGGGAAGGACCAAGCACAACUGGCCCACAUUGGAUGAAGCAAGACUAGGCGAGAGGUGUAGUGACUUCUCAUGCGGUUGUAGUAUAUCACUUGAUACGCUUAGUGAGCGAAAUAGAGGACCAAGGGCAUUUAAGCCAAGAAGUCAGACAGCAGGAAAUGGAACUAUGAUUGACAAUUUCAAGAAUGACACGUUUGCUGACAUGUAUAGUGAGUGUUAUAAGACUUUUGCAACAGACUAUAAGGAGGCAAAGUUCUUUGUCAUCAAAUCUUACAGUGAAGACAAUGUUCACAAGAGCAUAAAGUAUGGUGUUUGGGCAAGCACCCCAAAUGGCAACAAGAAGCUUGAUACAGCUUAUCAUGAAGCAAAGGAGAAAGAGACAUGCCCAAUAUUUUUGUUGUUUUCGGUGAAUGCAAGUGCCCAAUUCUGUGGAGUGGCUGAGAUGGUUGGACCAGUUGACUUUGACAAGAGCGUUGAUUAUUGGCAGCAGGACAAGUGGUCUGGACAGUUCCCUGUCAAGUGGCACAUUAUUAAAGAUGUCCCUAACAGCCAGUUCCGUCACAUUAUUCUUGAAAACAAUGAUAACAAGCCAGUCACUAAUAGUAGAGAUAUUCAAGAGGUGGGAUUGAAACAGGGAAUCCAGAUGUUGGAUAUAUUUAAGAACUACGAAACUAGCUCAUCAAUCCUAGACGAUUUCCAGUUUUACGAAGAGCGGCAAAGAGCAACGCGGGAAAGGAAGUCCAAACAACAAGAAGCGAUUCCCGUGGCCUGUAAUGUCGCUGAAAUUAGCGAGAAACUAAACUUAAACUCCACUUCACUUUCAGAUGACUUAGUGAAGAGAAUGUCAAAGAGUUUUGCUCAAGCCUUGUUGUUGAACGACCGAGAGACGAGGAAUACAGAGUUCCAAGGGGUUGUUUCUUUCACAGGAUCUUCCUGUGGCGGCCGAGGAAGUCAAUCCUAAGAAAGAUGAAGCUGACACACCAUCGUCAUGGUGACAAAGUAAGUAUAUUACAAAGUUCUUUGGAUGGGGAAUCUUGAACCAUAAGACCCACCUAUCAACACUCCAUUUGUUUGUUUAUUGUGAGGUUCCUUUUGUUGUUUUGGUUAUUUUGAUUGUUGGCAUGCAAAUCAUUUUUGGAUUAAUGAGCCUGAAACAUAUACAUAUAUGUAAAGCUCAAUAUAUAUGUUUGAUAAUGAAUGUUCUUUGUCAUGGUGAUCA